AUGGUGCACAUUUAUUAUGUCUGCUAUUAUGAAUUUGACUUUGUGCUCCAGUCGCUCUUGCCUUCUCUUUUUAUUAAAACAGUAUGGUAAAGGAGAAAAAAGAUUCUUUUCUGAAAUGUUCAUGUGGUGAGUGAAGUGAUAGAACGCAGCACACGUUUUUAAGUUAGAGCACGCGAAAUACGAUAUUUAAAAGGUAUGAGAAGAAGUAGCAGACUUCAAAAUAAGCGAAAAAACCAUGUGGAAGUUGUGGCUAACUCAGAAGUGAAGAUUUCGAAUGGUACUUGUGAAAAAAAUGUCGAAGAAACGGAAAGGGCAGAUCCUAUUAAGUUAUUACACCUUGAAAGGAAAGAAACUGCAGAAAGACAGUUUUGCACAACAGUUAGGACUGAUCUUAAUAAGGAAGAAAAAUUGAAAAAUGAAGCAGGAGGGGAUCUUGACACAAAUAUGCAAAAGGAAGAAAUCGUCAUGGUGCAAAGCAAUAAGAAAAAAGUUAUAUCUGAUAAAAAAAAAAUUGUUUCAAAAAAACAAACUGAAAUCAAUAAAAAAAACAACAAAAAAAAGAAUGGCAAUCAAAAAAAAGCACAAAUAGAUGAGGUUGGUGACGUGCCUAAGAAAGAAGGUAUUGUGAAUACAUAUGUGAAUCACCAGACAAUCUCAGGUGAUAAUACAACCUUAAAUUUUAAACCCCAAAAAGAAUCAAAUCGCAAGACUUCGAAAUUUGCAUUAGACGUUUCAAAAUACCAGUCAAUUUCUGUUCAUCAAAAUAUGAAUAAUGAAUUGCUAAAAACUUCUUUAAAGUUGAAAAAUCAUUUGCCAUUUAGAGAACACAUAAGAAGUUUAUUUAAUACUGAUGAUGUUAAAGGCGGCACUCCAGAUGUUUUUGGAUUAGAUCGUAUUCAACUGGAAGAUAACAAUAGUAGUAAGCCAAGACCAGCCUCAGAAAUAAACACAGAUUUAAAUGUUUCUGAAUUGUAUUUUGAUUCAACAAAAGCAGAUUUAAGUAAACAAAAUGUAAGCAGAAGUGAAGUUGAUGCUUACAUGAAGAAGAGUAUAAUUCCAGAUGAUUUAGAGAGAAGGGAGAAACCUCCAAUGUUGUAUGAAUCAGCAAGAUCUAAAAAGUUAGAUCGUAAAAAGAAGAGUGAAGAGACUGCUGGCCAAGGUUGGUAUAAUCUGCCCAAAACAGAAUUAACAGAAGAAGUAAAACGAGAUUUACAACUCCUCAAAAUGAGAAAUGUACUUGAUACAAAGAAACAUUAUAAAAGAAAUGAUUCAAACAAGCUUCCAAAGUAUUUUCAAGUUGGUACAAUUGUUGAGGGAGCACAUGAGUUUUAUUCAACACGAGUUACAAAAAAGCAUAGGAAAAGAACUAUGGUAGACGAACUUCUUGAUGAUGCUGAGUUUCGAAGGAAGAACAAAAAGAAGCUAGUUGAAAUCAGAAAGAAACAAGCAAGUGGAGGUAAAGGACACUUCAAGAAAAUGAAAAAUAAAAGAAAGCCUACUUGGGCUAGAACUUAGUUCAAUUUUGUAUCCAUGAACUUCUGGAAAGGUAUUUGGGAUAAAAUUGAGAGACAGAAAAGAAAUGUAAAUUUAAAAAAUGCAGAUUUCUUUAAUUUUAUUAAUAUCCAAUGUGUUUGAAAAAGAACUUUAAUCUCUUAUGUGAGAGAAACCUUU